AUGGCGCUUGUUACGCUCGGGCAGAAUCUGCAGGGCCCGGCAUCCCUGAUCGUGCAGUUCCUAGGGGCUGUGCCGGCUGCUGCUGUGGCUGCCACUGUCACUGCGACGUGGCGACUCAGAAGUACAUCUGUUGAAGCAGAUGCUGUGCUGCAGGAUAUGUUGACACCCAUGCUGAAGAGGAUACAAGGCUUGCUGGAUGACUUGCGACGCGCUUCGGAAGCCAUCAAGCAAGGCUCCAGAGUCUCGGAAAUUCGGUAUGGUGCAGGCAGAUGCGCUCGAGCUGCACGCAGUGUCCUGGACCUUCUACACGCACGUUUUGGACAAGCAGUUGGACCGGCCUUGGAGUUUUGGAGCGGUCUUGGCCCUCACAAGGCAUUUGCUAAGGUGCAGUCUAUCCUGGACCGAUCUUCGGCAGAUGACUCCCCGAUAAGCAUCCAGAUCAGAGUCCAGCACCUGUUGAGUCUGGCACAUGCCAUCCAGCACGCCGACGAUCGACAGCUCCGCCUCAUGCUCAAGUUGCAGAGCCAGGAGCAUUUGAAGACGGUCGUGAUUCGCGAGGAGCUGCGCAAAGCAGCAGCAGACGAAAAGGCAGCCGAGCGGAGGCGCAAAAUCGAGGACCGCAACGACAAGAAGGUCGCAGGGCUGGUGAAGAAGCUUCUCACCAUACGGAAGAGACAGGCUUUGGAAGAGGGGCAGCGAAUGGCAGCUCAGAAGAUUGCUGCCAAGGAAUCCAAACGGCUUGCAGAAGCUGAAGCUCAGCAAGCAAAGGAAGAGGCAGCGCAAGCACUGAAGAGGGAGCAGAACAGGAAAAGAAAGGAGUGGAAGCAGAAGGAGAAGCAAAGGAAAAGAGACGCCAAGAUGCAGAAGCCCCAUAUUGAACCUCAAGAGACGAGUCCGGCAACAUCGACUGCCUCUCCCACGAGAGCCUGGAAGCUCAAAGCGUCUCCGGCUUCGAAGCCGACGGUGACUCCCGGUGCUCCCGCACAGCUCGAGCCAAUGGCAGAUCACACAGAGACGCUCCAAGAGCCAAUGUUGAGCCGCAGUGAGAGGGAUCACUGGGAUCACUUUGUCCACAAGCUGCGUGUUCGAAUGAGUCGCCUGGACUGCAUGACAGCAGCAGAGCUUUGUCGUCAGUUGGAAGAGGUGCGGAUGUCUAGCCCGAACAUCUCGCAAGCUUUGUUGCGGUGCAACCUACCGAGAAGGACAAGAUCCUCACCGAUGCCAUAG